AUGGGCAAUUGCAUCGGUUUGCAGAAGCCGGUGACGUGGGUAGACGACGGCGACGGCGACGACGACUGGGGAUUCGCGACGCGCAAGCUCUCAAGAAAGCAUCAAGAGGGAGCGGCGACAGUUGACAUUGAGGAGCAGGUGAAUGCCGCGGCGAAGUCGACGGAGAUCAGGAUCAAGAUCAGCAAGAAGCAACUGGAGGAGCUGCUGAAGCAGGUGGAGGCGGAGGGCUUGCCGCUGCUGCAAGUUCUCGCCGGCUUAGGCGAGGUCGAGAGGCAUUGGAGGCCGAAGCUACAGAGCAUACCGGAAGUAGCGGAGUAG